AGUUCCCACGUGUGCUCUGGGACCCUUCGAAGCCAGGAGUAGGGCCGCCUGCAGUCGCACCUCCUCCCCACCCCCCACCGCCCCAAAGAUGCAAGCUCAUGGUAGCCCUUCCCUGGAGGAGCCCAGUGGGCUCCUGGGGUCCCACUCCCUGCACACACUGACUGUGUCCCGCUUUGCAGGUGCUGCUGCUGCUGCUGCUGCUGCUGGACCUGGCGCCAUGUGGGGGUGUGACACAUCCAAUGGGACGGCUGGGGCCAACCUGCCGCUAUGCCGGGAGCUGCCGCUGGCCCUGUGGGCCCUCUCUCUGCUCUACCUGCUGGUGGGCCUCCCACUGGGCCUGGGCUACAACACACUGCUGGUGCUGGCCAACCUGCACAGCCGGCGUGCCAUGAGCAUGCCCGACGUCUACUUCGUCAACAUGGCCGUGGCCGGGCUGGUCCUUGGCGCUCUGGCGCCCGCCUACCUGCUGGGCCCGGCCCAUGCACACUGGGCACUGUGGCGGCUGAGCAGCGAGGCCCAGGUCACGUUGCUGACCCUAUUCCACGUGGCCGCCCUGGUGACCAUGUACUCGGCCGCGCUGCUCAGCCUGGACUGCUACAUUGAGCGGGCGCUGCCGCGCACCUACAUGUCCAGCGUGUACAACACACGGCACGUGUGCGGCUUCGUCUGGGGCGGCGCGCUGCUCACCAGCUUCUCCGCGCUGCUCUUCCACAUUUGCAGCCACGUGUCUGCGAGGCUGGCUGAGUGCGCGGAGAUGCGCAGCACCGAGGCAGCCGACACCAUCAUGGUGCUUGUCGGCUACGUGGUGCCCGCCCUGGCUGCCCUCUAUGCACUGGCGCUCAUCACCCGGCUGCGCAAGGAGGACUCACCACUCGGCCGUGGCGACGUGGGCAGACUGGACCCCUCUGCGCACCGGCUCCUGGGCCUCACUGUGGGCACGCAGCUCGGGCUCUGGACGCCCUACUACCUAACCCUCCUGGGGCAGGCGCUGCUGGCCUCACGGGGCAGGCCCACGGAGGGGCACCUGGUGGGGGCCCUGCCGCUCGCCAAGGACCUGGCCCGGCUCCUGGCGCUGGCCAGUAGCUCUGUGACACCCCUGCUCUACCGCCACCUGGACAAGCGUUUUCCUGGUAAGCUCCGCCGGCUGGCCAAGCGGCUGCACUGCGGGUCGCAGCCCUGCACUGAGGACCAGGCCAGUGGGCAGCAAGUGGUGGCCUAGGCCCAUGGAAACACCAAGGCUGUGACUGGUGCCCGGGGGUCGUGUUUCCCCAGAGGCCCGAAGAGCCAGGCCAGCUUGCUCCAGUGGCAGGCCCUUGGCCCCAGGCUCCAGGACACUCCUCCGCCCCGGCCUCCCGGGGCAGCUCUGGGAGUGAAGUGACGAGACCCAGUCAGUGUUUAUACCUUGCUUGUCCAGAUUGUUCAAAUACUUGACUCCCCUCCUCUGCCCCUUGUGGUUUAAGGCGGAAAAUCUCCGUGUAUUAAAAUGAAGGAACUGA